UCAAUUCUGCAAGUAGUUCUAAUUUACUAUCGCUGUUCUCUAGCUGGUCUAAAACCACUUUUGACCUAAAGGGACGCUUUUUGGACGCCAUGGACGUUUCUCAGUUUCCAGGCAGAAAGAACAGUAAAAAUGCAGGCAGGGCACAGGACAAAGCACUCGGGACAAAAUGUAUGUGAAAUGGUUUGAUACAUGAAUGUCACUUUUUGUCAUUUUCAAAUUUCCCGCCGUUCCGUCCCCCGUACGUCCCGACGCUCACAGGGGAUGGAACCCAGAUGACAGAUGCCGGCAUCCGCCGGAUUACAUUGUUGGAGACACUGCAGGAGGGACAUCGCGAGAGCGCAGGACAAGGUAAGUGCAAGAGGGAUCCCGGAGCAGCGCCGUAUGGUAUUCCUGAGUGUAGCUCGGGGUUACCGCUUGUGGUACUGAAACUUUACCCCGAGCUACACUCGAAAAUACCGCCAGGGAGGUUAACCUAUCACAAAGCUGACAGUAGUCUUAAGUACUAUAAAUAG